UAAUAUAUAUAAGCCAGCGGUCUCUUCACGUGUGCCUGUUGUGAAAAUGGUACAGACGAUAUUUCUCAGAAAUGGUACUUGUGUACAAAAAAUUUACACUGUACAUCACAGAAUGGGAAUUUGCCGUGCUUUGGCAUCUAAUAGAUCUUCUAGUAGUGGGGGAUGUUUGAUACCCACAUCAAACUUCCACACAGGCUUUUAUUACAAGAAAAAGAGAUGGGCAGUUGAUGCUCCAUGCAUUGGUGUGGGUGGACUGCGAGCACCCCGUACCCCACUUACAAUGACUUACCAUCAUAACAGCUCAUAUGCAAGUGUAUUUAAGAAGAUGUUUUAUGUUAAUGCUGAAUCUGCACCUAAUGAAGCUACCAUUACCUCUUCUCCGGAACAAGAGGAAAUUAGCAGUACCACACUUCCAUCACCAAGCCUGCCUGAUAGUGCACAAGUUGUCACAAGUGACAUUGCCAACCCAGGAGCUCAGUCUGUUUAUGAUUCAGUUCAGUAUAUUCCUGUCCCUCCAACACCACCAGAAAUGAUUGGUCCAGCACUUAAUGCUCUUGGUGAGCCUACAUUCCAGAGUAUUGGCAUAGGGGGCUGGACACCAGUUGGAAUGAUACAACAUAGUCUUGAAUUCUUGCAUGUGUCCAUGGACCUUCCUUGGUGGGCUGCAAUUAGUGUAGCCACAGUUUGCAUUCGGACAAUGAUUUUCCCCCUGGUUUUGAUAGCUCAGCGAAAUGCUGCUAAGAUGAAUAAUAAUUUACCUCAGUUACAAGUCCUACAAAUGAAAAUGACUGAAGCAAGAAACUCUGGGAACCAGUUAGAAGCUGCAAGACUUGGCCAAGAAAUGGUGACUUUCAUGAAGGAGAAGGAUAUAAGCCCAAUGAAGAAUGUUGUUGUACCUCUGGCACAGGCUCCUAUCUUCAUAUCAAUGUUCAUGGGUCUAAGAGGAAUGGCUAAUCUUCCUGUCGAAAGCAUGCAGGUUGGAGGGCUCGCAUGGUUUACAGACCUAACAAUCGGUGAUCCAUACUAUUUGUUACCUAUUGUUACCUCUCUUACAAUGAUGGCCACUAUUGAGCUUGGCACUGAUGGAGCAAGAUUGAAUGCUCAGAACAUGAAUGCAAUGAAGUGGGUGUUACGGGGGAUGCCAGUGAUCAUCUUUCCCUUUACUCUUCAGUUCCCAGCAGCUGUGUUGUGUUAUUGGGUGGCAACCAACUUAUUUUCACUGGUGCAAGUGGGAUUUCUGAAGAUACCUGCUGUUCGAGGUUUCUUCAAUGUUGAAAAACUAGUUAAUCAUAAACCAGAAUCUUUACCACAGAAGAAAAAAGGAGUGGUAGCAAGUUUCAAAGAAUCUUGGAAUAACAUGCAGAUUUCCAAAGAACUUGAAGAACGUCAGAGGUAUGAUGAAAUGCGGUUUACGAAGGCUGGCACAGGACCUGUUCUGCGAACGUACAAACAUGAUCCAACAAGAAGGAACACGAUUAGUGUCAAGGCUAAAAUCAAGGGAAAAUAAAUCAUAGCUUCCCUUUUUGCUUUGUCAUUUUGCUUACUUUUUGUUAUUUCAAAGAAACUAAAUGAAUAAUAACUAUUUAGUAGUGUUUUCUUGAUAUUUAAAUAUCUCCUAAUCAGUGAAGGGAUCAAGCUUCAUGAGAUAUGCCAAGGAGAUGGAGAGAAAUAAAGGGCAUGUCAGUCAAAUUGUAAAUAAAUGUAAUAUUACAGAAUAGCUGUUUUUUGUGCAGUCCAGAAUAAAAACAUUUACGAUG